UUUGAAAGUUAACGCCUUACUUACAAUUAGUGACUGCGAGCAAGGCGGUUUUGGGAAGAGUUGCAGCUGGCAAAGGCGAACUUUAAAAAUGCUGAAACGAGUAAAGAGGAAGAUCCCCGAAAAGGAUCGUAUUGGACAGGAUUUAUUUCAGUUCUCAAAGACUGUUGAACAUGGGUUCCCAAACAAAGCAAGUGCCAUUGCAUAUGAUGCCAAGCUGAACCUUUUAGCAAUUGGAACAAGCAUUGGAUUUUUAAAAAUAUAUGGUCGACCUGGGGUUGAACUCUCUGCUUUUCAUCCAACAGAGACUUGCAUCCAGCAGCUAUUUUUCCUACCUGAACAGGGUAAAAUUAUCAGUGUUUGUGAUGACGGUGAGCUCAACACAUUGCAUCUUUGGGAAGUAAGUGAAAGAGAUGGAAGUUCUGUCAUGGAAGAGGUCAAAGCUUGUACUUUGGAAGGGAGGUUAAAAAAGAUAUCAGUAUGUUGUUUAUCAAUGGAGAGAGAGUGUCUCUAUAUUGGAACAGAAGGUGGCCACAUUUACCUUUUGGACCUAUGCAGCUUUGGGCUCAAGGAUCAUAUUAUUUAUCAGGAUAUUGUCAUGCAAAGCCUUCCUGGAGACGAAAAUAAGACCAACGGAGGUUCAGUGGAAGCCUUAAAGGAGCAUCCGUUUGACUCAAGCAGACUUCUAAUCGGCUACAAGAAGGGCAUAAUUGUGUUAUGGAACCAAGAUAAAAUAAAGGCUGAAGGCACGUUUAAGGCAUCGCAUGAUUUAGAGAGCUUGUACUGGCAUCACAGUGCUAACCAGUUCAUAAGUGCUCAUGAACGAGGAAUGAUAUCCAUAUGGACCAUCCAAGAAGCUGAAGACUGCGAGCCGAUUCAAGAAUCAUCGACUCCAUAUGGACCGUUUCCAUGUAAACCGAUUCGUAAGGUUGAAUGGCAGGAUCCAUACGUGGUAUUUUCUGGAGGUCUACCCAGAGCAAGUUACGGGGAUAAGCAUGCCAUCUCUUUGUUGCAAGGGAACACUGUGCAAGUCGUCUUCGAAUUCACUUCGAAAGUGAUUGAUUUCUUUGUUAUAAAAGAUGCCCACGACUCGAAUGAGCCAAUUGCUUUGGCGGUUCUCUGCGAACAAGAAUUUGUGAUGAUUGAUUUGAAAUCCAAAGAGCAAGGGUUUCCAAGUCACAUGCCGCCAUACCUAGCAUGUUUGCAUUCAUCAACAAUCACAUGCUCAAUCCACUGUCAUGACUGUCCAGAUGAGUUGUGGAACAGAAUAAAAUCUCUUGGAGAGAAAUGUUUUCGUGGUGAACAGUCUAAAGAGCCAUGGCCAAUAAACGGCGGCAAAUCUCUUCUUAAAAAGUCCAAUUUUCACGACCUUUUAGUUACCGGCCACGAAGAUGGAAGCAUCAAGUUCUGGGAUGUUUCCCAAGUAAACAUGCACUUAAUGUGCACCAUAAUGACAUCACGAGUUCUAAAAUGCGACCUUGACGACGAGCCUCCCCAUGAUCCGGAUGCUGACGAUGAAGGCUGGCCUCCAUUCAAAAAAGUUGGGGCAUUUGAUCCCUUGCUAGAUGAUACCAGAUUCGUCAUUCUAAAAUUGGCACUUUGUCCAAUUACCCAACUACUUAUUGUUGGUGGGGCUGGCGGCCAGGUCAUUUUCUAUAAUCUUGCGAAAGAGAGGAUCGAAUCUCCAGAGUAUGAGAAUAUAAACGUAAUAGCCAAACUAGAUGGUUUUGAAUGGAAGGGCAAUGGGCCACUGUCUUUAAAACAGAAUAUCGACGGCACAAAUGGCAUUUUACCUGAAAGGGUCGUACAGCUUCAGCCGCCAGCCGCUGUCACUGCCGUCGCGUUAAAUUCUGCUUGGCAAUUAGCUGCAGUUGGGACAUGUCAUGGCUUUGUUGCUUACGAUUAUCGAAGUGGCAAAGUUGCCUUGACAAAAUGCACUAUCAGUCCAACUGAUCUUGCAAACACAGGCGGACCAAUUCAAAGACGAAAAUCAUUUACGAAAUCCUUACGAGACUCGAUUCGGCGAUUCAGGAGUCGUAAAAGCACUCGAGGAUCGCGGCGUAAAAGGGCUGCUGGUGCCAACGAGGCUACAGAAGGAUCCUCUUCGAGUCCUCGUACCCAGUCCCCAAUCGAAAUCGAAAGAUCUUCAGCGCCACGACUGAUUGACGAGAGCAGAGUUGACGAAUCAUUGCUUAGCUUGGUAAAGUGUUUAUACUUUGCGGAGACAUUCAUCACUGAUGCAACACAUCAAACACCAACUCUCUGGGCUGGAACGAAUUCUGGUUCAAUAUUCGUUUAUUCUAUAACCAUUCCCGAUGAGGAGAGACGACAAGAAAACUCGAUUGCCGCCGAGGUAGGUAAAGAAAUAAAGCUUAGGCACCAUGCCCCCGUUGUGUCUAUCAACAUAUUGGAUAAAAACGGAGUGCCACUGCCGUCUCUCAAGGAGGUCGAAGCGGGUCGUGAGAAGCCAGCUGAUGCCACAGGACCACACUCGUUGCUUAUUUGCUCAGAAGAGCAGUUGAAAAUAUUCGCAUUGCCAACUUUGAGACCAAAAAACAAAGAAAAGCUCACAGCCAUUGAUGGGUCACGAGUAAGGCGGAUAGGAAUGAUAAAAGUCCCUGCGAAGAAAGAAGAAGAGACGGUGGACUACCAUUGCAUGGCUUGUUUGACCAAUUUAGGAGAUAUUGUCGUUUAUGCUGUACCCAGUCUUCGACCCCAUAUGAAAACAAAUGCUAUUAAAAAAGAUAAUAUUUGCGCCAUACAUUCGACGGUCUUGACAAGAAAUGGUCAAGGAUUUUACUUGCGAAGUAACACUGAAAUACAAGGAUUUUGCCUUACGGUCAAUGAAAUUGUAAAACCAAACUGCGUGCUCAGUCCUGAGGAUUCAACAGAGGACGAGACGGUUCUUCAAGACACCGCCGCUGCAUCCACACAGAACGAACAGAAACCUGCUCCACUAGAGCCUGAUACUGAAUCGCAUUCACCUCCGAAAUCAGAGACGACAAGUCCGCCGGACGUCAUCCCCGCGAGCGACAAAAUCAGAUCGAGUCCAGAGACGGUCGGGAAUUGGUCGGUUACUCUGACGGAAACAAAUACAACACAAAAUCACGUACCAACUAGUGAAGAGAAGGUCACAAUAACAACAACAGAAGAAAUCGUGAAAAGUGAAGAUGGAAGUGAGGUUCUUGAAUCGGUUGAAUUUGAGACCCGUGAAACUGUGAUUGUGUCUAAGACCACACAACAAAUAGUCACUUCAAAGACUGUCGAAACAGUUGUCGUUAAUAGUGAAGAGAAAACAGUUAUCGAAGGUAUGCACGAUAUCCUGAAGCACAGCCUCGAUGAAAAGCCAGCUGGAGACGAGGUUAAUCCAUGAGCACAUGUGAGACAUGGCGACUAUGCUGCUUUCUGUUCACUUGUAAAUACACACUGAAAUUGCUUUGCAGUUAUUGCCACCAUUGUGUGAGCUAGAAAAACGAACAGUUCUAACAGCACCAAGUUAUAGUCAAGUAAUAUCGAAAACCUGAGACUUUUAGACCCUUAUUUGCAACGAUAAUGUUGUUAUGUUCACCGUCAGUAGAAAACAGAUCGUUAAACUUCGUAGAUAAAGCCGACUAUACACGAUGUUAUGCUUGUGGAAUUCGCAUCAUUUGCUAGAAAGUUGCCACUCUUUCUCCAACUGUUUUGAUGCUUGUAAAGCCGCUGCUUUAGAAUCAGCAUUUCAGAAAUUCCAGCUAAACUUUCACGUUUGUUUAGAUGUAUUAUUUAAGUUUAGAUUUUGCUUCCCAGGAGAAUUGUAUUGUCUUCGUUUUUAAAGGUAAUUUUUUUAAAUGAAGUAGCAUUAAUGUUGAAAUUUUUAAAUAUCUCAUUUAGGUAACCUAAACUUUUAUAUAUUAGAACCAAUUUUGCGUCGAUACGACGGCGCCAGUUUUGUUCAAAUUCUCCUUUAUUCCCUUCUUCAAGCAAUUCCUCUAUAGCUUUCUCCCAAACGGAACGCAAUUUUCUUUUGCGAAGAAAAAGUUCGAUGCACGACUACAAAUCUUCACUAAACCAGUGCUCUCCUUGUCAAUAUAGUCUUUUCAGUGAAAUAAAAUUCAAUUCUCCAAUGCUUACUAUCGUUAUCACAAGUUAGUUGUAUUUGCUUACAUAAUGAAUGACAGACCUGCCUUGGCAUGAGUACAGUCGCUUUUUCGAGGAUAACCCAAUCCUUAUCUACCCCCCUCAAACUCACUAGUUCCAUACAGAUCAUCAUAUGCAUUUUUCUUAUGUUCAGCAAUUCUUGUGAUUUCAAACGCCAAAGAAAGAACUUUGGCUUUUUUAGUGGUUGGAAAUGAACUGAGUUUUUCCCUUUACAUGAACAAUUUACGUUACAAUUAAAAAUUCUUAACAAGCCUCUUCAUUUUACGUAAUUGAUCACCAUAUAUGAGCAAACAGGACAAUUUUGCGUGUGUAUAUAUGCUAAAGAUGUAUGUCCUUUUGAAUAUUAUCCGGCAACUUCUACCAUAAUCGUUGAAUGCAAGUAUGUCGCAUUUAUGGUUUGUAAGAUCUUAUUGUUUUACUGUUAGUAAAUAUUAGCAUUCUAAGGUAUUAAAGGGACGCUUCCAUUUAAGAAGUUUUUACUGAAACGAUGUGAUUUAUUUAAUUGUCAGAAAUGUUUUAACUUUUUAUUUCCUUAUUGUUAGAAACAGUAAACGAAUUGUAGAAAAUGAGAUUGUAACUAACAAGAACUUGUGUGAA